UGGCUACGUGAGGCGGGAUCUUACAACAACCGCUUCCUGCGUCGCAAUGCUGCUUAGGGAUGCUAAACAUCUUUUGUAUUAAACUCUAAAUCAGUAAAAUUAUUUAUCAAAAUAACAGCAGCUGAGCGGGACAGCGUCGCGAUGGGGUUGCUGACGAUUCUGAAGAAGAUGAAGCAGAAGGAGCGGGAGAUGAGGCUUUUGAUGUUAGGUCUGGACAACGCGGGAAAGACGACCAUCCUGAAGAAGUUUAACGGAGAAGAUGUCAGCACCAUCUCCCCUACACUGGGCUUCAACAUCAAAACACUGGAGCACAGAGGGUUUAAAUUGAACAUUUGGGAUGUAGGAGGCCAGAAGUCACUGCGUUCCUACUGGAGGAACUACUUUGAGAGCACAGACGGGCUGGUGUGGGUGGUGGACAGCGCAGACAGACUCAGGCUGGAGGACUGCAGGCAGGAGCUCAGUGCACUGCUACUGGAGGAGAGGUUAGCUGGUGCAACGCUGCUGGUUUUUGCCAACAAACAGGAUUUACCAGGAGCCCUGUCAAAAGAGGCGAUACGAGAGGCGCUGGCACUGGAUGAGAUUAAAAGUCAUCACUGGUGUAUCAUUGGUUGCAGUGCAGUAACAGGAGAGAACUUGUUAGCUGGAGUGGACUGGCUAUUAGAUGAUAUCGCUGCAAGGAUCUUCACCGCCGACUGAGUGUGUAUUCCUGAUUUUUACAGCAGCUGACACGACUCUGGGUUCAUUAUUGGACAGUGGAGAUCAGAAGUAUCAAAAAAAAGAGCCCAAUAACUGUAGUUCUAGUUCCACCAGCUGCUGUUUGCAGUCAGCAGACCUGCAGUUAUCAAUGCUGCCUGUAUCCACAAUCCCUGGAAUCACACGUGGCUUUUAUAUUUUCUCAUUUAAUGUUGACACAGGCAGUUGAUCCAGAUGUUGACAGGAGAGAAACUGAGGAUUUUUCAAGAUGAACAAGUGAUUUCAAACACACUGAACCCUAAAUGAAGUUUGUUUACAUACAGCUGUAUGUAUGAAAUGUAAUGACUUGUACUCUGUGGUGGUGCUUCACUCACUCAAAUGCAGUUUUUUUUCUAAUAAACUUAAAAGCCUACUCAGUAAA